GGCCCAUCCCCCUCCCCGCCGGCUCCCUGAGGCCCUGCCGGUUCGGGCUGCGGGCGGCCGGGCGUGGACGGCCGGACAGACGGGCACACGCCAGGACUGACCGACGGACGCACGGAGGGCGGCGGGUACGCACGGCCCGGGCCGGCGCUCCGAGGCCCGCCCGGGAGGGCCGGGGCCGCGCUCAGGUCCUGGGAGGAAUGGAGAGGGUUCCUAUUGACUGUCUUUUCUGAGAGUGGUCAUAGAGUUCUUUAAACAGAAUUUUUAUUUGGCUGCUACCUUUAAAUACAAUCCCUAAAAAUGCCAGCUUGUUUGGACUCAGAAGAUGACUUGGAUAAAUGAUUAAAAAUUAAGAAAGAUAUUUUGCUUUGGUCCAGGGGCAGAAGACACUCACUUCUGUCAGGGUGAUCAGUGCAUUGAGGAAUUCACAAUCCUUCACCCACAGAUCUUAAGAGGUUUUCUUACUGUCCACUUGGCAUAGGCUUCUGGAAUAAUAUUCACCAUGGUUUUGGAUGACCUUCCAAAUUUAGAAGACAUCUAUACUUCCUUGUGUUCAUCAACAGUGGAAGACUCAGAGAUGGAUUUUGACUCUGGACUAGAAGAUGAUGACACAAAAAGUGAUAGUAUUUUGGAGGAUUCCACAAUUUUUGUGGCCUUCAAAGGAAAUAUAGAUGAUAAAGACUUCAAAUGGAAAUUGGACACAAUAGUGAAGAAUGUGCCCAAUUUGUUACACAUGGAAUCCAGCAAGCUAAAGGUACAGAAGGUGGAGCCCUGGAACAGCGUGCGUGUGACAUUUAACAUACCCCGGGAAGCAGCUGAGCGGCUACGUAUCCUGGCUCAGAGCAACAACCAGCAGCUUCGGGAUCUGGGGAUUCUCUCCGUUCAGAUUGAAGGGGAAGGUGCUAUCAACCUGGCUUUGGCUCAGAACCGAAGCCAAGAUGUGAGAAUGAAUGGACCCAUGGGAGCCGGAAAUUCAGUUAGGAUGGAGGCAGGAUUUCCCAUGGCAGGUGGUCCAGGAUUAAUAAGGAUGACCAGCCCUGCCACUGUUAUGAUACCCCAAGGUGGAAACAUGUCAUCUUCCAUGAUGGCACCAGGCCCCAAUCCAGAGCUACAGCCCAGGACUCCUCGCCCUGCUUCUCAGUCAGAUGCGAUGGAUCCACUCCUUCCUGGGCUUCAUAUACAGCAGCAAAGUCAUCCCUCAGGAUCUUUAGCUACUCCACACCACCCAAUGCAGCCUGUCCCUGUGAACAGACAGAUGAACCCAGCUAGUUUUCCCCAGUUACAGCAGCAGCAGCAGCAGCAGCAGCAGCAGCAGCAGCAGCAGCAACAACAGCAGCAGCAGCAACAGUUGCAGGCAAGACCCCCACAACAGCAUCAGCAGCAACAACCACAGGGAAUUCGACCCCAGUUUACUACCCCAACUCAGGUGCCUGUUCCUCCAGGCUGGAACCAGCUGCCUUCUGGAGCCCUUCAGCCUCCUCCAGCCCAGGGUUCUCUGGGCACAAUGACUGCAAACCAAGGGUGGAAGAAGGCUCCCUUGCCUGGCCCAAUGCAACAGCAACUCCAGGCAAGACCAUCCUUAGCCACGGUACAGACACCUUCCCACCCUCCCCCUCCAUAUCCCUUUGGCAGCCAGCAAACCUCACAAGCCCAUACAAACUUUCCUCAGAUGAGCAACCCAGGCCAGUUCACAGCUCCUCAAAUGAAAAGCUUGCAGGGAGGGCCCUCCAGGGUCCCAACCCCCCUGCAGCAGCCCCACCUCACCAACAAGUCUCCUGCCUCCUCACCCUCCUCCUUCCAGCAGGGAUCCCCUGCAUCCUCCCCAACGGUUAACCAAACUCAGCAGCAGAUGGGACCAAGGCCACCUCAAAAUAACCCACUUCCCCAGGGAUUUCAGCAGCCCGUCAGCUCUCCAGGUCGGAAUCCUAUGGUUCAACAGGGAAAUGUGCCACCUAACUUCAUGGUGAUGCAGCAGCAACCACCAAACCAGGGGCCACAGAGUUUACAUCCAGGCCUAGGAGGAAUGCCUAAACGCCUCCCACCUGGCUUCUCAGCAGGACAGGCCAAUCCGAAUUUUAUGCAAAGUCAGGUGCCUUCGACCACAGCAUCCACCCCUGGGAAUUCAGGAACCCCUCAGCUGCAAGCAAAUCAAAAUGUCCAGCAUGCAGGUGGUCAAGGAGCUGGUCCUCCUCAAAACCAGAUGCAGGUGUCCCACGGGCCACCAAAUAUGAUGCAGCCCAGCCUCAUGGGAAUUCAUGGCAACAUGAACAACCAGCAGUCUGGUAGUUCUGGGGUUCCUCAGGUGAACCUGGGCAACAUGCAAGGCCAGCCUCAGCAGGGUCCCCCAUCUCAGCUGAUGGGCAUGCACCAGCAGAUUGUGCCCUCCCAGGGCCAGAUGGUCCAGCAACAAGGAACCUUGAACCCUCAGAACCCUAUGAUCCUUUCAAGGGCUCAGCUUAUGCCACAGGGCCAGAUGAUGGUGAACCCUCAGAGCCAAAAUCUUGGGCCUUCGCCCCAAAGGAUGACCCCACCCAAGCAGAUACUUUCCCAGCAGGGCCCACAAAUGAUGGCACCUCAUAACCAGAUGAUGGGGCCUCAAGGGCAAGUUUUGCUCCAGCAGAACCCAAUGAUAGAGCAGAUCAUGACCAAUCAAAUGCAAGGGAAUAAGCAGCAGUUUAACACUCAGAACCAAUCCAACGUCAUGCCGGGACCAGCACAGAUAAUGAGGGGACCAACUCCAAACAUGCAAGGAAACAUGGUGCAGUUUACAGGACAGAUGUCAGGACAAAUGCUGCCGCAGCAAGGGCCUGUAAACAACAGUCCAUCUCAGGUUAUGGGUAUUCAGGGGCAGGUCCUGCGGCCACCAGGGCCUAGCCCACACAUGGCCCAGCAGCAUGGUGAUCCUGCUACUACAGCAAAUAAUGAUGUCAACUUGUCUCAGAUGAUGCCUGAUGUUAGCAUGCAACAAACCAGCAUGGUCCCCCCCCAUGUGCAGGCCAUGCAGGGAAACAGUGCCUCGGGAAACCACUUCUCAGGCCAUGGGAUGCCUUUCAGUGCACCUUUCAGUGGAGCACCCAAUGGAAAUCAGAUGCCCUGUGGUCAGAAUCCGGGCUUCCCGGUCAAUAAGGAUGUCACCUUAACAAGUCCAUUGUUGGUCAACUUAUUGCAGAGUGACAUCUCUGCAGGCCAUUUUGGGGUAAACAAUAAGCAAAAUAAUACCAACGCAAAUAAACCGAAGAAGAAGAAACCCCCUCGGAAGAAGAAAAAUAGUCAACAGGAUAUAAACACGUUAGAUACUCACCCAGCUGGUCUGGAGGAGGCUGAUCAGCAGCCAUUGCCUGGAGAACAAGGAAUUAACUUGGACAACUCAGGCCCUAAACUGCCAGAAUUUUCAAACCGGCCACCAGGUUAUCCUUCUCAACCAGUUGAACAGAGGCCACUUCAGCAGAUGCCUCCUCAACUCAUGCAGCAUGUGGCACCCCCAACACAGCCACCACAGCAGCAGCCACAGCCACAGUUGCCUCAGCAGCAGCAGCAGCCACCAGCUCCCAGUCAGCCACAAUCUCAGCAGCAGCAACAGCAGCAGCAGCAGCAGCAACAAAUGAUGAUGAUGCUCAUGAUGCAGCAGGAUCCCAAAUCAGUUAGGCUUCCAGUCUCCCAAAAUGUCCAUCCCCCGAGGGGCCCCCUGAACCCAGACUCCCAGAGAAUGUCCAUGCAACAGAGUGGCAGUGUGCCUGUCAUGGUCAGUUUGCAAGGACCUGCCUCCGUGCCACCAUCACCUGAUAAACAAAGAAUGCCAAUGCCUGUGAAUACUCCUUUGGGAAGCAAUUCAAGGAAAAUGGUAUACCAAGAGAACCCACAAAAUCCUUCUAGCUCUCCACUGGGAGAGAUAUCCUCACUCCCUGAAGCAAGUGGCAGUGAAGUACCAUCUGUCUCAGGAGGCCCAAAUAACAUGCCUUCACAUUUAGUAGUUUCCCAAAAUCAGUUAAUGAUGGCAGGGCCAAAACCAUCGCCCCUUUCGGCAACUCAAGGUGCAACACCCCAGCAACCCCCUGUAAAUUCCCUGCCCGGCUCUCAUGGCCACCACUUUCCAAAUGUGGCUGCCCCAACCCAGACAUCUAGGCCUAAAACACCAAACAGAGCCAGUCCCAGACCCUAUUAUCCUCAGACACCCAACAACCGCCCUCCCAGCACAGAACCUUCAGAAAUCAGCCUGUCACCAGAAAGACUCAAUGCCUCCAUAGCAGGACUCUUCCCUCCACAGAUUAAUAUUCCUUUACCUCCUAGGCCAAAUUUAAACAGGGGCUUUGAUCAACAGGGCCUAAAUCCAACAACUUUAAAAGCCAUUGGGCAAGCACCUUCAAAUCUUACCAUGAAUAAUGCUUCCAGUUUUGCUGCCCCACAAACUCACAAAUUAGAUUCUGUGGUUGUGAAUCCUGGAAAGCAGUCUAAUUCUGGAGCAACAAAACGGGCAAGUCCAAGCAACAGUCGCAGGUCUAGUCCUGGGUCCAGUAGGAAAACCACCCCAAGUCCUGGGAGGCAAAAUUCUAAAGCCCCUAAACUUACUCUGUCCUCUCAAACAAAUCCAGCACUGUUGCAGAACAUGGAGUUGCCAAGAAAUGUAUUGGUCAGUCCCACUCCUCUGGCCAAUACUCCUGUACCUGGGAGCUUUAAUAACAACAGUGGGCUUAAUCCUCAGCAUCCCACUGUGCCUGUGGCUGCAGUGGGGGGUGUUCUCGAGGAUAACAAGGAGAGCUUGAAUGUGCCUCAGGACAGUGAUUGCCAGAAUUCCCAGGGUAGGAAGGAGCAGGUAAACACUGAACUAAAAGCAAUCCCUGCCCAAGAAGUUAAAAUGGUUGUCCCUGAAGAUCAACCCAAAAAGGACAGGCAACCUUCGGAUCCUAACAAACUUCCCAGUGUUGAAGAGAACAAAAAUUUGGUGUCUCCUGCUAUGAGGGAAGCACCAACAUCCUUAAGUCAACUUCUUGACAACUCUGGAGCUCCUAAUGUGACUAUUAAACCCCCUGGGCUUACAGAUCGGGAAGUAACACCUCCAGUUGUUCCUGGGGAGGACCUCAAAAAAGCAUCUGUCAUUCCCACACUACAGGAUCCGUCUUCUUCUAAAGAACCCUCUAAUUCCCUAAGCUUACCUCACAGUAAUGAGCCGUGUUCAACUCUUGUGCAUCCAGAAUUGGGUGAGGUCAGUUCUAAUGUUGCACCAAGCAUCCCUCCAGUAAUGUCAAGACCUGUCAGCUCUUCCUCCAUUUCUACUCCCUUGCCCCCAAAUCAAAUAACUGUAUUUGUCACUUCCAAUCCCAUCACAACUUCAGCUAACACAUCAGCAGCUCUGCCAACUCACUUACAGUCUGCACUGAUGUCAACAGUCGUCACAAUGCCCAAUGUGGGUAGCAAGGUUAUGGUUUCUGAGGGACAGUCAGCUGCUCAGACUAAUGCCCGGCCUCAGUUCAUUACACCUGUCUUUAUCAACUCAUCCUCAAUAAUUCAGGUUAUGAAAGGGUCACAGCCAAACACAAUUCCUGCAGCCCCACUGACAACCAGUUCUGGCCUGAUGCCUCCCUCAGUUGCAGUCGUUGGCCCUUUACACAUACCUCAGAACAUAAAAUUUUCUUCUGCUUCUGUACCACCUAAUGCCCCCUCCAGCAGUCCUGCUCCAAACAUACAGACAGGUCGACCUGUGGUCCUCAACUCACGAGCCACCCCUGUUCAGCUUCCUUCUCCCCCUUGUACAUCUUCUUCAGUUGUCCCUCCUCAUCCCCCUGUCCAGCAAGUUAAAGAAUUGAAUCCAGAUGAGGCUAGUCCUCAAGUGAGCACCUCAGCAGAUCAGAGCACUCUGCCCUCUUCACAGUCAUCUGCAAUGGUUUCUCCCCUUUUGACCAAUAGUCCAGGUUCCUCUGUCAACCGGCGAAGCCCAGUCUCAUCUAGUAAGGGAAAAGGAAAAGUGGACAAAAUUGGCCAGAUUUUGCUGACCAAGGCGUGUAAGAAAGUUACAGGCUCUCUCGAGAAAGGGGAAGAGCAAUAUGGUGCAGAUGGAGAGACUGAAGUCCAAGGGCUAGAUGCUACAGCCCCAGGGCUCAUGGGAACAGAGCAGUUAUCCUCAGAGCUGGACAAUAAAACCCCAACGCCCCCAGCACCCACUGUACUAAAAAUGACCUCUAGCCCUGUGGGCCCAGGCUCCACCUCAGCAGGACCUAGCUUACCUGGCGGUGCUCUCCCCACCAGUGUACGCUCAAUAGUAACCACUCUGGUACCUUCUGAGCUCAUCUCUGCGGCGCCGACCACAAAAAGCAAUCAUGGUGGCAUAGCAUCAGAGCCACUUGCAGGUGGCCUAGUGGAGGAGAAGGUGGGAUCCCAUCCAGAGCUUCUACCCAGCAUAGCCACUUCACAGAAUUUAGUCCCAAAGGAAACUCCAGCCACAGCACUGCAGGGGUCUGUUGCCAGACCAGAACUCGAGGCAAAUGCUGCCAUAGUCUCUGGACAAAGCAGUGAGCCCAAAGAAAUAGUUGAAAAAUCCAAAACCCCAAGUCGAAGAAACUCCCGAACUGAAGAGCCAACUCUGGCAUCUGAAAAUGUGGAAAACGGACAUCGUAAACGAUCCUCUCGACCUGCUUCAGCCUCCAGCUCUACUAAAGACAUAACCAGCGUGGUGCAAUCCAAGCGAAGAAAAUCCAAGUAAACAAGCUGAACAGCGACUUGAUACUUGUAAAUGUGUGUGAAUUUUACAAAGAACAAUUUUGAGCUGUGACUUUUAAAAAUCCAUUUCUGUACAGUUAGUCAUUUUAAUAAUGUGGCCCUUUUCCUAGUCCCUCCAACUUGUAAAGUGCAAUGAAGAAAGCAGGGUUGUUGAGCCCUUUUGAUGUUGCGAGAUAAAGUUCAAGGUUUCUAAAAUGUUGCCAUGUAUUGAGAAGAGCUAAUGCCAUUAUAAAUGUAAUUAGUUUUCACAUUUCCUAAGCAGCCUAGAGUACAGGAUGAGAGCAUUUUUAGAUCUUUUAAUGAUGUAUUGUGCUGUGAAAGUACUGUGUGUGAAUAGCAGUAGUGGAGGCAAAAGCAAUCUUCUCAUUUGGAAAUGUUGUAAAUAAUUUUAUUAUAUAGUGUUUUGAAUGUAUUUGUUGUAGAAAUGGACCAGUAAAUAAAGAGAAUCUAAGGGUUUGUACAA